CGCACACCCUGAACGAAGGUGAGGGCGCGGUUCGCGCGAGAGGGUCAGUGCGAUACACUCCUGAAAGAUCGGUGAAAGAUCCGUCGUAGAUGUCGGACAUUGCGACGCUGAAGGCCAUCGGCCUCAAGUGCAAUGUGCACGGUGUCAAGGACGUGGCCGCCGAGACCUUCAUCCACGCCUACGCCAAACAGCUCAAGCGGUCCGGCAAGCUCGAGAUCCCCGAGGUGGGUGCGUUGGGGAGGGAGGAGGGAGGGGUGGGAGGGAGGGAGUGGAGGCUGUGCACACGUGUGUGUGUGUGUGUGUGUGUGUGUGUUGUGUUCAGUGGGCGGAGUACGUCAAGACGAGCCACGGGAGGGAGCUGGCGCCGUAUGACCCUGACUGGCUUUACGUCAGAUGUGGUAUGUAUGGGCAAGGCAACGGAGGAGCGACUGACUACACCAUGAGGAUGCAAGGAUGGGUGGAACCAUGUGCCUCUUGUCGUGUGUGUGUGUGUGUGUGUGUGCAGCUGCCAUCGCCCGUCGGGUGUACAUCCGUCCGGGCAUGGGUGUGGGUGCGUUCAAGAAGGUCUUCGGCGUCAAGAAGAGGCGGGGCGCGCAGCCCGGCAUCUUCACCAAGGCAUCCGGCAAGAUCAACCGAUACUGCCUACAGCAGCUCGAGAAAAUGAACAUCGUCGAAACGGACCAAAAGGGGUACGCCGAGCCCGACGCACACAGACAUACAUUCUGCGUGAUGCCUGUGUGUGGUGAUAAUGUGUAUGUGGUGUGUGUGCAGCGGUCGUCGGAUAACAAAGGAGGGCAUGCGGGAGCUCGACACCAUCGCUGUGCAGACGGGCGGCGCCGACGAGUGAUGGUGGCCAACGCGCAGUGGGGAGUGUUCGGCCUUUGUCAUGCCGUGUGACCACGUGCCUGUGGUUAACAACCAUGUGAGCCUGUUUGCGUCGAUCGACUGAUGGCUGCCUG